CGCACAUUCCUAGCUGGGCGGGCCGCACCGCAGCGAUGAUGGUGGCUGCGGCUGCUGAGCGAAACAAGGGACCCAUCCUGUGCGUGCUCCGCCAGUAUGUGGAUCCUGCCCAGCGUGGCGUUCGCGUGCUCGAGGUGGCCUCCGGCUCCGGCCAGCAUGCCACGCACUUUGCACAGGCUUUCCCUCACGCCGAAUGGCAGCCGUCGGACGUGGACCAGCGCUGCCUGGACAGCAUUGCCGCCGCCACUCAAGCCCAAGGGUUGUCCAAUGUGAAGGCCCCGCUGUACCUGGACGUGACCUGGAAGUGGGAGCAAUGGGGGGGGAUACCGCCGCGAUCGCUGGACCUGUUGCUCUGCAUCAAUAUGAUCCACAUCAGCCCCCUGAACUGCACUGAGGGGCUCUUCAAAGCAGCAGGACAGCUGCUUAAAACCAAGGCUGUGCUGAUUACCUAUGGGCCCUUUGCAGUCAAUGGGAAGAUCUCUCCCCAGAGCAAUGUGGACUUUGACCUGACCCUCAGAUGCAGGAACCCAGAGUGGGGCCUUCGUGACACAGCCCUCUUAGAAGAACUAGGCCAGGCCAAUGGCUUGGUCCUGGAGAGGAUGGUGGACAUGCCAGCCAACAACAAAUGCCUGAUUUUCCGGAAAGAAUAGCCUAUUUCCUACUUCCCAUGUGCCUGCAUCUCUGACAAGGGUUCUGCCAUGGUACAAACUAGACUUCAGCCCCUCCCUCACUGAGUCACUUCUUGGGAUAAAUUAGCCCCUCCUAGUCUGGUGGCCACAGGGCUGCAGAGAACCUGGGUCCAGUGGGGCCUUGAAAUAAAGCCUUUCCAGCCAACUGUG